AUGUCAUCUACCUCAAUUCAACCUCAAGAAGAACCAGGAACUGUUCGUCAGAGGAAUGGUCCAAAUGACAAAUUAUCACUUGCCCAAAAGUAUAAUGUUGAUGAUGAUACAACCCCAGAAGAUUCAAAGAGAACCAAAUAUGAUGAAACUAAAGAUUUUGUUGAAUCUUUAAAGACACUUGAAUCCAUAUUAGCUCCAAUUGUAUUUACAUUAUUAUCAUUUUUUGUUAGAUUUUAUCGUAUUUCAAUCAAUAAUCAUGUUGUUUGGGAUGAAGCUCAUUUUGGUAAAUUUGGUUCUUAUUAUUUAAGACAUGAAUUUUAUCAUGAUGUUCAUCCUCCAUUAGGAAAAAUGUUAGUUGGUCUUUCUGGUUAUUUAGCUGGAUAUAAUGGUUCUUGGGAUUUCCCAUCCGGUGAAGAAUAUCCUGCUUAUAUUGAUUAUACUAAAAUGAGAUUAUUUAAUGCUACAUUUUCUGCUCUUUGUGUUCCAUUUGCUUAUUUUACUUGUAAAGAAAUUGGAUUUUCCAUUUGGACCACUUGGUUAUUUACUUUAAUGGUUUGUUGUGAAUCUACUUAUGUUACAUUAGGGAAAUUUAUUUUAUUAGAUUCAAUGUUAUUAUUUUUCACAGUUACAACUGUCUUUUGUUUUGCAAGAUUUAAUAAUUUUAAUAACAAAAAACAAGAAUUUUCAAGAAAAUGGUGGAAAUGGUUAUUAUUAACUGGAUUUUCCAUUGGAUGUACUUGUUCUGUUAAAAUGGUUGGUUUAUUCGUUACCACUUUAGUUGGUAUUUAUACAAUUGUUGAUCUUUGGAAUAAAUUAGGUGAUAGAUCAAUCUCAUGGAAGAGAUAUUCUGGUCAUUGGAUGGCUAGAAUUAUUGGUUUAAUCAUUGUUCCAAUUUCCAUCUUUUUAAUCUCAUUUAAGAUUCAUUUUGAUUUAUUAUAUAAGUCAGGUACAGGUGAUGCUAACAUGUCUUCUCUUUUCCAAGCCAAUUUAGUUGGAUCUGAUGUAGGUGGAGGUCCAAGAGAAGUUGCAAUUGUUCAUUCUAAAGUCACUAUCAAAAAUCAAGGUUUAACUGGUGGAUUAUUACAUUCUCAUGUUCAAACUUAUCCAAUUGGUUCAAAGCAACAACAAAUUACUACUUAUGGACAUAAAGAUUCCAAUAAUAAUUGGAUUUUCCAAAGACCUAGAGGAGAACCACAUUAUGAUUCUUCUAAUAAUAAUACUGAUAUUGAAUAUGUUUUCGAUGGUAUGACUGUUAGAUUAAUGCAUGUAAUGACUGGUAGAAACUUACAUUCUCAUGAUGUACCUGCUCCUGAAACAAAAUCAGAAUUUGAAGUUUCAUGUUAUGGUAAUUUGACUAUUGGUGAUAGGAAAGAUAAUUGGAUUAUUGAAAUUAUGGAACAACAAAGUGAUGAAGAUAAAAUGAGAUUACAUCCUUUAACUUCAUCUUUCAGAUUAAAGAAUGAAAUUAUGGGAUGUUAUUUAGGUGUUACAGGUACUUCAUUACCACAAUGGGGGUUCAGACAAGGUGAAGUUGUUUGUUAUAAGAAUCCAUUCAAAAAAGAUAAGAGAACUUGGUGGAAUCUUGAAAAUAAUCGUAAUGACAUCUUACCUCCACCACCAGCUGAUUUCAAAUUACCUAAAACCAGAUUCUUACGUGAUUUUAUUCAAUUGAAUUUAGCUAUGAUGGCAACUAAUAAUGCUUUAGUUCCAGAUUAUGACAAACAAGAUGAUUUAGCAUCUUCUGCCUGGCAAUGGCCGACUUUAAAUGUCGGUAUUAGAAUGUGUGGUUGGGGUAAAGAAAGAGCUAAAUAUUUCAUGAUUGGUUCUCCAGCUACUACUUGGCCAUCAACAGUUGGUGUUGUCUUGUUCGCAUUUAUCGUUCUUUAUUAUUUGAUUAGAUGGCAAAGACAAUAUGUUGAUUUUUCUGAUCCUCAUAAAUUGAAAGUAUUCCUUAUGGGAGGUAUUUAUCCAAUGUUUGGUUGGGGAUUACAUUUUAUGCCAUUUUUGAUUAUGGGUAGAGUUACAUAUGUUCAUCAUUAUGUUCCUGCAUUAUAUUUUGCCAUGAUUGUUUUCUGUUAUGAAGUUGAAAGUUUUACAAGAAAGUUAAAUAGUUCUGAUGCAAGUACUGCAAAGAAAUUGGCAUAUGCUGCCAUUUUUAUUGGAUUGUAUGUAUUUGUUGGUGGUACUUUCUGGUAUUUCAGAUAUUUCUCUUGGGGAAUGGAAGGUCCAAAAGAAGAUUGGAAACAUUUACAACUUUUAAGAUCUUGGAGAGUUUCAGAUGAUGAUUAUCAUUAG